AUGGAUACCUCCUUCAAGAGCAGUGUCAAACUUAGGAAUGGAAUGAAGUUGCUGGUUCAGGGAAAAGGGAACAUCAGACUGAGGGUUAAAGAUACUCCUUUAUUGGUGCAGGAAGUCUUUUAUGUGCCCGGUUUGACCAACAAUUUGCUCAGUAUUGGACAAAUGCAAGAGAAAGGACUUGCCUUCCUUGUCAGAAAUGGUAUGUGCAAAAUUUUCAGUGAUGAAAAAGGCUUUCUUUUCUCUACUACAAUGCAGAGCAAUCGUAUGUUUGUUUUACUUGCCUCUGUUAAUACUGCUGCAAUUAAUUAUGAGAAUUGA